GACAGACGUUUCGAUGGUCGCCACGUCACAGUAUCUGUUGUUGAACGCUGAUCGCAAUGGGCGAGGGCUUCUUCGUGCCGUACCUGUACGUGCCCAGCGCUGGGGCGAAUUACGUGAAGCUGGUGACGCCAUGGGGAAACGUUCACAUGAACAAGGGCCUCCUGGAGCAGGUGGCGGUGAGUGUGGCGGUGGUUGUACUGACAGUGAUGCUCUGGCGGUUCGCCGCGCGAUUGAACGCGACGCUCAAGAAGAAGACGGACACGGUGGACGGAGAAGAAGACGCAGAAGGAGAUGGUGACGACGAAGAAGAGGACGAAGAGCCGAGUUCUGCGUUGGAUGAGAAUAAAAUUACGAAGGGAGAACACAGCUAUUACUACACCCACCAACACCAAGACGGCAAUGGCAAUUCGGACACGGCCAAGGUGUCGUCUUUCGGCUGGAGCAACGACAAGGAGACGGUUAGCAUCUACCUGACGGACAACGUGGUGAAGAACAUGAAGGAAGAUCAACUAGUUCUGAAAUGGACCAACACGUCGCUGUCGAUGGAUCUGCUCAACUCUCCUGGUGGGGACAUCGCUAAGAGUCUAAAGAUCUCGUCGUUAUUUCAAGAAAUCACGGACGUGGCGUGGAAGGCGCACAAGGAUACGCUAACUAUUACACUGACCAAAGCAAAGGAGCUACCGUGGACUUCUUUGAACGGAGCUGCUAAGAAGAUGGAGGACCACAUCGAGUACGACGAUGCCCUCUAUGAUUAAGACCAAAUUCUGGGUGUGCAUCUUGAAUCCGAUAUAUUGCAGAUGAGAAUUAACCCCGCUUCUUCUUGUAUUCAAGUCUGCUGAAGUCUUAAACCUGCUCCUUAUUCCGGGCUCCAGAGCUUGAGGUGCGCACUGUCGUAUGCCGCAGUCAAGAGGCUGUUAGUCGACACGAAGGCCACGCCUGUGAGGAGAUCAUUCGGGACAGGCUGAGAGCUCACGAGUUUUACGCGCGGUGCUGCUCCCGGUUUGGUGGAUGAAAUCUCCCAGAUAUUCAUAAACGUAUCGUCGCUCACUGACACUACAAACUCGUUGUGUGCAUCCAACGCCGUGAUCGCGCGUGUAUGGGCAGCCACCUCAGCGUGCAAGUGGAAGUUCUCGGGGUUAUACAACCGCAGACACCCAGUCAGGAAGCCAGCCACCAGCCAGUUUUCCGCCAUAAAAGUCAUAGAAGUCGCAGGAUAACCGGUGCUCACGAUCCGGUGGGUAACCUCGAAGCCGUCCCUGGGGUUACGGAUCAUAAUAGCUCCACUCAUAUCGCUGCUCGCUAGCAAUGUGCCGUCAAGGGAGCUCUCCACACUGCAAAUAGCCUCGCCAUGCUCGGUAAGAGUCUUGCACACCUCGAAGCUAGAUCCUUCCCCUGACUUGGCUUCUUCCUCCUUCCCAAUGACAAGGAGCUUCCCGACCGACGUGCCUGUGCAAUCUAUUAGCUCUACUCGAAAAUGUUAAGUCCAUUCGAUUCCACUCACCCACGACGAGCCGUGGCUCCUUCAUGUGGAUGGAGCAAAUGCCUUGACAAUAGAAAUAAUCCCCUGCUUUAAUCGGAUUAGUGAGACUACGAGCUACAGGUACCAAUAUUAAUAAGGCCAAGUAGUAGUUACCUUCAGCA